CCAAAAGAGUAAAGCAAACGCUGCGGAGAUGAGUGUUGCGUGGUUUUUCAGGCUCCCUACGGAUACCCUCUCCUGAUAAAGGGACCAAAGAGGACAAAAACAAGUCUGUCCAUGAUUUUUUCCAAAAGAAGAUUGCAAAGGUGGAGCGAUUAGAGAAGGGCUGAUGACGGGACUAUUAAUCCUUUCAGUGCAUCAAAGGCACCAAAGGGUAUUAGAAACGCUUGGAUGGAAAUCAGGCGCGUGUUUAGGACUGUUUUUGGUCCUAUAUGAAACUGGUGAUUAGUUGCUGUGACUCACCUGAGAGGAUUUUUUCAUUUUUAACUUAAUGUUUUGCUGUUUUUAUUCACCGAAAGGUAUGCGCGCUUUCCCGGUGUGAAAACUCUCAUCUCAAUCUUUUUUUCCUCUUCAAGAAUUCCCACAUCUAAAUGGAAUUAGUUGAGUCUGUAGCCGUUUGUGAAAGGAACAGACAUGGUACAUGGGCACAGCUUCCCUCACGUUGUUGCAAGUCUUCUCAUACUUGGGUUGUCUGGGGCAACAAGGAAGGAUACAGCAGUGAAAAACAAUUCAGGAGUGAAGCCUGCAGGUCAAUGUGGAACGUGGGUGAAAGAACCAGAAGGAGGGCUCUUUACCUCUCCCAAUUACCCAAACAAAUAUCCUCCAGACACAGAGUGUGUUUACAUCCUUGAAGCUCCGCCAAGGCAGUGUAUUGACCUACACUUUGAAGAGAAUUAUUCCAUCGAGUCCUCUUGGGAAUGUAAAUUUGACAACAUCGAGGUCCGGGAUGGACCUUUUGGCUUCUCCCCUAUGCUCGGGCGCUACUGUGGUCAGCAAAGCCCACCAGACAUCAGGAGUAGCGGCCGAUAUCUGUGGAUAAAAUUUGUAUCAGAUGGUGAACUGGAAGCAGUGGGAUUCUCAGCAAAUUACAACUUCACAGCAGAUCCGGACUUUGCAGACUUGGGAGUCCCCCCGCCUCUGCCCUCCUGUCAGUAUGACAUGGUUGGUCCAGAAGGUAUUGUUGAGUCCCAUCAGAUCACCAGAGACGGGAAGGCGGGCGCCACAGAGGCCGUGGACUGUAAAUGGUACAUCCGGGCCCCUCCACGCUCCAAGAUCUACCUGCGUUUUCUCGACUAUGAGAUGGCCAAUUCCAACGAAUGCAAGCGCAACUUUGUGGCAGUGUAUGAUGGUGGCAGUUCAGUGGAAGACCUGAAGAGCAAGUACUGCUCCACGGUGGCCAACGACCUCAUGCUCGUCUCCACGCUGGGCGUCAUCCGCAUGUGGGCGGACGAGGCAAGCCGCAAGAGCCGCUUCCGGAUCCUUUUCACAACCUACCAAGAACCUCCAUGUGAUGCAGAUGCCUUCUUCUGUCACAGUAACAUGUGCAUCAACAACACACUGGUAUGCAACGGCAUGCAGAACUGUGUCUACCCCUGGGAUGAGAACCAAUGUAAAGAGAAGAGGAAAGCAAACAUCCUGGACAACCUGAACAACACCAACGGGACCAUAAUUGGUGUUACUUGUUGCAUUGUCCUCAUCCUCCUCAUCGUCUCUGUCAUCGUCCAGAUCAAGCAGCCACGUAAGAAGUACAUCCUGCGGCGUGAAGACUUUGACCCCACCAUGUUCCAGGAGGUCUUCGAGCCUCCUCACUAUGAGUUGUGCACUCUGCGGAGUGCCACCACCGCUGCAGCCACCUCAGCAGACUUAGUUGACCUGGCGGAAGACUUUGAAAACUACCACGCCCUCCGCCGUGCCUCCUCCCGCUGCGUCCACGAUCACCACUGUGGCUCCUCCUCCAACCCUGGCUCCGCCCACUUAUCCCAGCUGUCACUCAGUGGACGAGGAAGCCGUGGGAACUUGAGCGCUCGAGACACAGCGGCUGCCACUCUUCUCACAGACCUACCACAGCCGCCCAUGUCGGUGCGGCCCCUGCUGCCGACCACAGGAAACCGCAGGAGUAUCUUGGUCAUGAAGCACAGCUACUCGCAAGAUGCGGCAGACACUGGAUGUGACCUGGAUGACGACCUGGACGAAGUUCCCACCACCAGCCACCGGCUUUCACGCCACGAAAAGGCAGUACAGCGGUUCUGCCUCAUUGGCUCUUUGAGCAAACAUGAAUCAGAGUACAACACAACUAGGGUCUAAGAGACAAUCUCAAGGUAAGCACCCUUAUCCAACAAUCAACGUUUUUAUAUGUUGUGUAGUCUUCAUUUGCCCAGUCAAUAUAUAUUUUUAUGUAAGUUCUUUUUCCUUUCUCUGUGAUUUUUGCGCAGUUUUUAUUUCCUUUUUUUCAUGUUUUGAUUAUUGUUCAUUUUCACCAAGAUGGUUUUCCUGCUUGCAGCCAUCUUGCCCUCCUACUGGGUUUGUUUGAAGUUUUUGUGAUGCUCGAGUUUACUGUAUGUCCUCUCAGGGUCAUACAUUGUGUGGUUACUCAUUAGCAUGGACUUCUUUUAAAUCAUCUUGAGUUGAAGCUGGUAUGAAAUGAAUCUGUCUAACUUGUGCACUUUCUCCCUGUAGGCCUGCAGUAAAAAAUAGUCCACAUAAAGCACACAGAAGCAGGCACAUGGUCCAACUUUUCUACCAUACUAUAUCAUUUGAAUUGUUGCAAAUGCUAACCAAAGCACAUGAACCAUGUUCACACAGGGGCCGGUUUGCUCUGAAAUCAUGCAAAGGUGGGUUAGCUCAGAAGUGGACUAGAGUGGUUCGGGUUUCAGGUUCAGAGACUGAAGGCCAACAUGAAAUGUGACAACUUAGACUGUAUCUAAAGAACAGAUUCAGAGAGUUGCUAGUCUGGGUAGACAGAGCUAGCAGUUCAGCCCAACGUCAGCAUUCAGCCAGUUUCUGGGUAAAAAUAGUCAAGUUUUGAAUUUUGUCUUCCUGUCAUAAGCUGUUCCAACAUUACAGAAGCCAGUGGAUGGUUGAAUCCUGACCUUAGCUGUUGUCCGUUGAUCCCUAUCCAUUCACUCAUCUAUCCAUCCAUUCAUGGUUAUCAGGAUUGGACAAAUGUUCUUAGUAUGCUAAGCAAGUUUCCUAAAUGUUACUUUCCUAUCAGUGUUUUCAUGCACCUCCCUUGGGGCCAUGAGGUGGUCUCAGAAAUUUGAGAUAUAUAGUGCUUAACAAAGGUUUAUGCCACAGCUGCUCUAAAUUAACAGCACUGGUAAUUACCAAAAUCAUUUUUUUAUGUUUCUGCAAUGGUUAAUACACCAAUAUGUAAAAGCUCUUUAACCCAAAUGAUAUUUUUAAUGCUAAAAUAUAAUUAUUAUUGUUACCCAUGAAUUUUCAAAUUUACUGAUUUGAAGCAUCUGCUGAUGUUAAACUAUGUUCUUUCUACGCAAAUUCAGAGAUCCUUCCAGAGAUCCUUCCAGAUUCCUGGUCAUCUUGACGAAAACUAGACUUUUUUUUUUCAGUUUUAGUCAUCACAGAUCUAUUUUUGUUAGUCUUAGUCUAGUUUUUGUCACAGAAAAAAGGCUGUUGAUUAAAAGUUUUAGUCAAAGUUUUAGUCGACGAAAUCAACACUGAAGGAAACCCAGUUUAUGUUUUUAGGCCUUCUUCGAAUCUAUUAAACAAGAGCAUCCUCUGGAUCUUUGAACUCCACCUCCACAUCAAAAGGCUUGCUGUUUUGUUAAAGGAAAGUCCACUCAGAGUCUGCUAGAACUGCAUAAAGUCCUUCCUCAUAUCCCCCUUUAACUCCACCCACAGCCAAGCGCUCACUUCAACAACAACAGAAGCUACAUCUUUCCUAGACACCUUGUACCCAUAUGCUGUUUCCAGUUUCCAGAGCUAACAAAGCCCCUCCUUCUUUGAUCUGGCAGCUUCCAUUACUACUUGUGUCCACCAAUAAGUUCCUGUGUUGCUGACUUGACAGGCACCAAUGGAUUGCAUAAGAUGCCAAGACAUGGGGCUGCAGAUAUGGUGAUCAUAAUUAUCAAGCUUCACACCAAGAUGUUGAGGAACUGUACACAUGUGACUCACACUGUGCUCAAACAUGGUGGUAUGCAUGGCAAAUUAAUGACUGCCACUAAUGUCUAAGGAUGAAGCAUCACUUGGGUCCAGAUUGAGAAAGCUGUUUGUCUUAACCACCCCUUCCAGGUAUCUUUAGGAUCCCCUUGCAGAACACCGUCAGCACUUUGCCCUGAGACUUUAAUGAGGCGGCAUACUUUGAACUUCAGUGGUUGCACAAAUGCAGUUAACACCUUUUCCAUGCAAUAUGAAGUUUCAAACAGGCAACCGUCUCAUUCCCCAGUGAUAGCUCCAACAGCACUGCUCAGCCAGGAGCAUGUGAGUAUUCCCUAACCUACCUGACACCUAAAGCCCUAGGCAACCCUGAAUAAGGAGGGAGUCUAGACUCUCUCAAAGUGUUUGGGUCAACAGGAAGUACUUGAGCCAAACUUAUAGCAAGAUGGCUCUCUCUGCCUACAUCCACCUCCACCUCCAGUCGGACCACAGUUACCCUCUCUGGGCGGGAUUUCUUUACUCCUGGUGGUCAAAGUAGCAAAGUGAUUGAAAAUCUAAUCCAUCCUUCCAUUUUCUAUACAGCUUACCCCGUUGGGGGUCGCUGGGGGGCUGGAGCCUAUUCCAGCCGGCAUUAGGUGAGAGGCUGGGUACACCCUGAACUGGUCGCCAGGCAAUCACAGGGCUUUGAAAUUGUAAUAACUCAUCUUCUUACUUCACCAUUAUUUCACUUGCUUAUCUUUCUUCAGUGCAUCAGUCAAUCAUUUAUUUAUUUUUAAAUUUGCACCCUGAGCUUGAUGUCAGGACAAAAGGGCAGCUGUGUGAAUAUGGUGAUUUGAGACAAAAGAAAAAAUCCAAUUGAUAUCUUUGUAGUUUAAAGAUCUUAACCAAUCACAGUCUUAUAGAGAAUUCCACAGUAGUUUUGCAUGAUUAAUGUCACUCGUAGCAUUUGACUUUGUGUUUGGUUUUAUUGUGAGCCAUAUUUAUGCCUGUGUGUAAAAGUUAAAUGUGAUUAUUCCAUGACUUUGCUCUCAUGAUGUUGCAAUAAGCACAAUUAAUUUCACUAAUAAAGAAGUUGGAUAUAGUUUUGGAUUUAAAAAAAAAAAAAAAAGAUAAGUGGAAUCCAAAGGGAAAUAAAGUUCAGUAAAUGACUGAAACCAAUGCUUGCAGCAUCAUGUCUGCAUACAAUGGAGCAGUCACACAAAGUGCUGCUUUUAGCGUGAAAAAUCUGCUGUCCUGUUGUGUGUGUCUGCUUAUGUUCUACAUUAUGUUGCAUUGUCUCCAUCAUGUAGACUUCUUGAGAAUAGUGCAAUCCUGGAUCAGUACGAACGGGCAUCACUGACAUAUGAAAAAGCGGAGCGGAGAUUUACACCAGCAUGAUGCUGAUGAUGAUGAUGAUGAUGAAGGGACACUUUUCUGAGAGUAUACUGAAGUUGUGUAAUGUGGGACUAGAUGAAAAUCCUUCAGCUGAGAAAUUAGCAUAGCUCUGUGACUACUGUAGUAUGCCAGAUUAUUCUGUCACUGGAAACUAUGGACCUUUACAAAGAACCUGACUUCAUUUUCCACUUUAAAUUUGAGAUGUUAGUCAGAAACAUCUGUUAUUGUCAUAGAAUUCUUGCUGAUAACAAAAUGAAUGUGAUCAAACAUCUUUGAGUUAAUUUUAAGCAUGUAUUUUUCUUAUUAAUAACAAACAUAAUUUGAUUUAAGAUGCUUGCGGUUUGUCAAAUCUAGAGAGUUUUUUCACUAGCAAAGAGUUCAAUUAAAUAACCACUAACCUGAAUAAAUUUACUAGUGUUGGAAUAAACAGAGAAAGUUUAAUUUGGCUAACAAUUCAAGUCUGAAUGGCUUGUGCAUGCGUAGUUCAAUCCAUUAAAGCAUUAACAUACUAACAUUAAAAUAUCAAACAUCCCAUCUACUAUCACAUGAAUCAUUCGGACAUUAGAAGUGAGAUUUCAAAAUAAAUGCUUUGCAUGUCAUCACUGAGCCUUGCACACAUACGAUUCUGUUGUUUCUUGGUCAUCAUACAUACUGUAUAUAAAUCCCUUUAACAUAUGCUGACUAAAUCUUUGAGUAGCAUUUUUAUUUAUUUAUUUAUUUUUUAAUUGGCAGUGUAUUAACUCCAAGCCUGCUUGUCUAACUCUCUUCUACUUUAGGAGCUUAAUAUCUUUGUAUCAAAACAAACUUUUUUACGAGGGCUAAUUGAAAGGAUGACCAUUUUUACCGUCACUCAGAUGACCUUUCAGGGCAGAUUUUACUGAUGCUUUGUAAAAAUUAAAACAAUAAAGCUUCACAUUUCCUUUGUUUUAUUGUUUUUGUCUGUAGGUUCUCUGUCCUUUUUGAAUGUGUCCAUCUCAAACUGUCACAUAUCAUGUCUACAGUCAUGUUUUGUGCAUUUGUUCCGGCUGAUUUGUUCAAGAGGGAAACCAAGAUUUGUUUCACAGACAGGGCAAUAUAAUGAGCUCUAGGUGUUUAAAGAAUAAUCACAGAUACGUGCAGAAGAGUGUGCCUGCAUUAUGGAGAGAGGGACAGGAGAAGAAACACUGUGAGCACAAAGACAUCGACACAUAAAACUCACAAACACUGGACUUACUGUUUCUUACAUUCUCUUUCAUUGUCUUGAGUAUCUGCUUUUUCUUACUGUGUUGGUUUUGUGGUAAAUGCCAUCUAUGUGUACAUUUUCUCUCUAUCUGAUCUCAUGUAUUUAUCAUUUACAUCCAUGCUCUUCAUGCUGUUUUAUCUCCAUGCAUAUACCAUCAUUAACAGAACCAUUUUUCUGCAGAUACUGAAUAAAAUGUUUCUUUACUUUACAUCCAUGGCACUGCUAUCUUUUUUUGUCUGUUUCACAAUUAUUCAAACACCUUAAAUAAAAGUUCGCACACCCAUCUCUACUUCCUUUGCUCCUCCUCUCACCCUUAAACACAAAGCCUUCUGCCACUACACUAAUAGAGGUAGACACCUCAGUGAUUAGGUAAGUCUCAACCAAUUUGAUCACAAGCAGCCCAGGCAGGCAGAAUAAAAGUCGGAGGACUGAGAACAGACUGUUAGUAAUAGUGUUUUUAUUUCUCUGCAGAUACAUCAGACAGAUGCAUCAUUCCUCUGCAUCUUGCCAAGUUUGACAGCAUUCGGAGAUAAGGUUUUGUUCUCUCCCUUGCAUCUUGAGUGACCUGAUGUCCUGAGUAACUUUACAAAGUAGAGCGUUGUGAUGAGAAACAUCUUUUUUGAAAAAAACAAAAAAAAAAGGUUUGUGGUGUAUGCAUCAAGAUUUUCGUCUUUGCUUUGGACUGCAGGGGGGCGUUUUCCCUUCCUGUGCUCUACAAGUGGCUGCGACUGACGAGCCAUGGGACUCAUCAUUUCAGACGCAGGACUGAAACUUUGGUUUUUGAAAGUAGCGUACCUUUAAUGUAAAGCUGUUCAUGGAGGAAAAAAAACAGAAUCAGGUUUUUAAAAUCAUUUUCAUGUAACCAUCAAGAAGAAAUGGCAUAUUUCCACUGCUGAUUUUACAUCCUAUUUCUUACUUUUAAGUCUUUACAGUAGAGUAUCAGGUUGUUUUUUGAGCAGUUACAGGACGCCUCAAUGACAAGAUGAAACAACUGAAUGUUUAAAUUAAACUUACGUUAAACUUCAUUACUAGGUGCACACAUAAUUCUACUGACAGACUAACCUUUGUUUACUUACUUUUACUGAUUUAUGAACCUUGUUUGUUGUUCUGUCCAAAUCUUUGUCAAAGUCCAUUGUUUUUUUAGCCUGUUUGCAUAUUUCUUUGAUAACAUGAGAAAAUGCUGGACAGAUUUUUUUCAAUAAACAAGUGUUUACUGAUUUUAUUGUUGUUAUUUGUUUUGCUAACAACAGAGAGUUUUUUAAGACCAUUGGAUAGGAUACCCCCCAAUGGAGUCCAGACAUAAACUGACACACCAGAUGGAUGUGUGUUGUUCAUUUCCUUUAGCUGUCAGUGCAAGCUGUUUCUAGAUCUGGGG